UUUUUUAGUAUUGGGAAAAGCUCAUGUAUUGAAAGGCAACUGAAGCACUCACCACUGACUUGGCUUAGAUGUUGAAUGCCAAAUGUGUAGCUGGAAUUAGGAGGAAAAUUUGUGUCGACGUUUAACCACUUUGCCAAAAUGCAAAAGGAAAACAGCAAAGAAGUGCCUCUGCGUUUAGUUUUGCAAGGCCCCGUUGAAAAUGAAGAAGUACUCCCCACCUGCAUCGUUAAACAGGAGAAUGAUUCGACAGACAACACUGGCCAGCUUGCAUCCCCUACGUUCGAAUUACCUCUGAAAUACCACAUGAUUCAUGGCGAAGAUGGAACAAACGUGCCCCUUAUGAAACGUGUUAAACUGGAAAAUGAUGAUUCAUCUUUCUUGGAGAAUGAAGUAAGUCUUUCGUGUUCAAGCAAAACCAGCUUGUUCAAUAUUGUCAGUGAAGUGGCUCAGUGGCUUGAAAACAAAACGACUACUCCGUCCUUUGAUUCAAAUAAAGAUUCUGGACUAGGCAUUGCAAAUAAUAGGAAUCCAUUGGUACAAAACGACUCUAAAAGUCUUGAAAGCACCGGAGGACAGUUAGAAGACUUAUCUCGUAGUAUUAAAGUGAAUGAGGGUACUACUGGUCAUGAGGAUUUUGAGUCUCCGCUGACCACCAUUAAUAGUUACAACGAUGCGGACAAAUCUGGCCUGCCAUCUGGGGAGCUAGGUCAAGCUGUGACAACAACACCGACUCCAAGAACAAUUAAGAGCCUUAACUCUGGAGUUCAUGAAGGUUUUGCAUUUGAUCAUGUCUUAUUGCCUAAAGUUGUUAGCGUGCGCUCAGUAUUAUCAACAUCGAGUUCACCCGCAGCUGAAUUAAUUCCUAAUUUGCAACAGACAAGUUCACCAAUACCCCAUGGGAAGGCUUUCCCCGAUCAACGUACUGCUGAAGUAAUUUGUUGUGACGAGGAAGAAGCUGCUGAUGCUCAUCAAUUAAGUGCGGAUGCUUCUGUGACCUCGAAUGACAGUCUCCCGGAAAACUCUAAUACAAAAGUUCAGUCACCGAAACACAACGAUCUCUUACUGACCUUCACCCAGGAAGAUGGAAAAAAAGAUAUGUUUCUCGUGAUAAAAGACGAAGUGUUUGCUGUGCAACGUUUUUAUUAUAGAGGAGAGUCGUAUUUAAUUCACACUGACAGCAAAGGAAAGAAAACUGUUUUAGCCAAAGCACAGAGAGAGAAAGACGCAGGAUCCCAAAGUAAAAGCGGUGUACUUGCAUCUGUUGGCGAGACGGUCUUAAUUCAGCGAGGUAAGACGAGGUAUAUUUCGUCAUCUGCUAUGAGGCAGUCAAGAAACAUGCCAUGCCAAGAGAACUCCACGCAGAAAUCUAGGGAAGUACGGUGGACUAUUCACCCAGCGUUGCGAAGAAGUUCUGUUCAAACGUCUCAAACAAACGCGAGAGAGACGGUAUACAUACCUACAAAAGCAAAUGAGUCUCAUCCUGUCAGCAGUAGCACGAAAGUGCCAAACAAGCCGCCUCUGAUUCACAUAAAUCGAAAAAGUGCCGAAUCAUCGGAGUACGUGUGCGGACCUCAAGGUGAGCCGGAAAAAUCGCCUGCUGGUCAGCUACGUCUUCCUGCUCAAGCUAGUGAAGAACGACAGAACUCGCUCAUCAAUGGUUUACUUCAAAACUUAAAUGCUGACAAUCGUUCAAGAGCACAUUUUCCUUCGAGAGCUGUUAACGCCCCAUCGGAUAGAUGGUUUAAUCAACCAUCUAACGUCAAUAGAGAUAUCGUGACUAGAAUUGAUCUCAGCUGCGAUGAGGAGAUUGUAAACGGUCCUAAUCUGCGUUGCAACUCCGGAACUCAAAGUACCCUCGGUCACGGUCGGAAGGGUUAUCUGACUACAGAAACUAUCGACCGUGGGUUACUUGCUCUCGAUAAAAGAACAAGGACUCCUUCAGUAGGAAAUGAGAGAACAGUCGACAGCAGAUGUGAGUCGCUAAAGUGCAUCACUGAUAACUUUGCAUCAAAUGAGAAACCCGUCCAACAAACUUUGACUAAUCCCUUAGGUUUUUCGGACUCCUCUAGUAGGGAAAUUGAAGCCACAAGAUAUUCCUAUGAUGCUAUAAAUAAGCGGCCUAACAAAAGUGCACUCAAUGGUAGAUAUCAACAGAUGAGAAACGUAACUCAAAGACUUGGUAGCGCCGUCUCUUUGUCACAAGAAAAUGCCGAAAGCCAUACCAUUAGGAACAAAAAUACAGAUCGCAGUGAUCAGAGAACUCACCCAAAUCAGUCGAAUUUUUAUAACGGCUGCCUUCCACUCCUCCAACCUCGUUCCACCGUACCUGAUCGCAGUUUUGAUUCGUUACAAGGCAAUUUUCGAUCUCGCGCCUAUGGAGUAGCUAAAGGAAAAAGCAAAAUAUUGGAGAUACUCGAAUCAUGGAAACGGCGCCGACAAUCGAAUGUCUCAAAUAAAGACUGUCAAGUGCUAAGACAGCUUUUAAACAGAACCCAUCAAUCAGUCAGUUCUGUUCAAAACAACAGUCAGGUGAAUAAAUCUCAAAGCGCAACAACAGCGGGCAAAAAUACACAAGGAAUUUGUAAAGCUUCAUCUACCAAAAGUGUCACUCCAAUAAUUACCCAGGUUUCGUAUGGUUUAAGUGCUAACUCUAAAGCUGGAGGUUUCCUUCUUCCAAAGAAAUCUGCAACAGCGCUUGUAAUCAAUCAGGGGCGUCCUAUUUACGUUGAUGCGACCAACUCGAUCAUUGACGAAGGAUGGAGAUUAGGGAACGUUGGUCAGCGGUUUUUAAAUGUAGGAAACACGGUUUCAGGUCUUAAUUCAAAUAUUUCCGGAAAUGUCACAAUAUCACAGCCAGUCUCUCUAGGUAGUAGUGUGAGUCAAAACGAAGUACGCCAGAUGAACAGUGGCUUAACUUUAGGUCAGCAGUUAUCUAACAGCACAACUUCUUCAACGACUAGUUCAUUAACAACGGAUCAGCGCCUUGACACUUCGCUUGCGCAAUUUUCUGCCUCAAAACUCGACGAACACCGUAUUGUCAAUAACAUAUUAAAACCAGUCAAUACUUCUAUUUUAGGAACUGAAACAGCUGUGAUCUCGGGUGGAAAACAGAGUUAUAUAUGUGAAGGCACAUCAAACGCUGCUAAGCUGAGGGCGAUUACCAAGGGAAGGGUGAUUGAUGAGCCACGUGAGUUUGUUAAGCCAGGCGUGGUCGCCAAGGCAGGAGAGGCUGCUAAGCGACACGAGGUAAUCGAAAUAGCAGAUUCGCCCCCAAGUUCAGACAGCACUAACUCUAAUUGUAACGUGACAACUGAUUGUGAAAUUAAGGAAACUGAGUGCACGAUUGUUGGUGAACCAUCAAGUUCCAUAGCACAACUUCAGAGUUGUGUGGAGCAACUUCCACCGCUUGCCGGUAAAGCAAACAAAGCAGCAAAUGAACUUCAAACGUGCAAUCCAUCGAUAGCCCCGCAUUCAACCAAUCAGAAAAAAGCAGGAAAAGGAGCGCCGAGGUUAAAGGAGGAAGAGGCGGCGAAGAUUCGCAACGAGGCGUUGAGAGAUGAACUUGUUAAAAAGAUUAAUAACACACGCGAGAGAUUCGAGCAAGAAGAAAUCGAAUGGAAGAAGUCUCGGCUGAGUAGACUGAAAAUGGUGCUCAUGAGGAAACUGGCUAAGCUUCCUGGAAGUGAUAUUAUUGUAGAUGACGAAUGAAAUCCGGUAUUUGACCAGAACCUGUAUUCCGAGCACUAAAAACAUUUUUUUCUAAUUUCAAAUAAGCCUUCCUGGCCACGUAUUUGAGUGAAAAUUUCUUUGCGUCCAAACAUGCUUUCAAUCAAAUGGUUUCUCUGGCAUGCAGAUGAAACUCUUCUGAAGUGGCCGUAUAAAUUCAAAUUAAUUAGCGAUUUGUUUUGGCUGAAUCCUCGAUUUUUUGACCUUCCGGCGUCCGGGGAAAGUUGUUCAACACUGAACCCUUAAGUUGGAUGCGCACGUUUGUAGAUUCCUCUUAUCAGUCCUGAUCCAUUACGCUGCAAAAACCUACUUCAGUGUGCUUUCUAUCAUUACUGCAUAAAAUGCGAGAAAAACGGUGUCACAGUUUGUUGAGAUUUAUUUUGAAAACCCCUGAAAACAACAAAAAAUUCAAAUGAAAAUAAAGCUAAUUUACCUGCGUGCAAA